CGUUUGGAUCAGGAGACCGAUCGGCUCAACACCGAAGAGGGUAUCAUUGAAGUGGGUUUGGCGUCCACUUUCGGAAGCAUUCUUCUGCAGUCGUCGCCGCAGAUAUUCAGCGCCGCUUUAGACAAACUCUACGGUUUUGUUUCGAGCCAUAUAUUCGAGACAAAAGUUGCCGGAAAAUUCUCGGCCAUUUUGGUCCGUUCCUGCUCUAAGGCCAACGCCGAGCUAUCGUUGCAGAAGUUUUUGCCACACUUUUGCAAAUUAGUUUUAACGCUAACCGAGAGCGACGACAUCCUCAACGAGGAGUUCUUAGACCACGAACUGCUGUUCAGUUUGCAGAUCGUAUCGGAGCUGAUCCGCUGCGACGGCAAGCAUUUGGUGAAGUACUCGGAUCUGUUGCUGAAGGUGAUCGACCGGACGCUGCACCUGAAGUGCCGUAAGGGCUACCUGUUAUCGUCGGCCAUUCUGCGCCAUGUGCUCAAGUCGUUGACCCUGUUAUGUGCGCUCGACUUCCGCAGUGUCACCAAAUCGUGGGACAAGUACUCCAACUUUGAGACCGAUUUGCCCAUUAGAGACUGGGGCUGUACUGUAGACAUCCAUCAUCUGAACGUCGAUUGGCACGACGCCAGCGAACAGGAACUGGCGUUCGCGCAGCGACUACUCGACCGCUUCUUAGCCACGGAAUUGUCUGAUUUGCUGAAUUGGAUUAAAGGCGAGAAGAAGUUGAGUCGCGAAGAACUGCAGCGAAGUUUGCUAAUCAUCUGCGACUGCAUUACCGGCGCCGCCUCUGCCCUUCCCCUCUGGAGCGGCGAUAAUAUUGUUCUG